GGUCAAGGUCGGGGCUACCAGCUUGCUCCGGCCGGAAGGAGAGCGAAACGGUCGCGCAGCACCCCCGCCCGCCGCUCGCUGCCCCGCGGCCAUGGUGACCCAGUGACCCGGCCGGCAGAGCCCGCGGUGCCGGCAGCGAGCAAACAGCCGGCGGGGUUGGCGCGCGGGGUCUGGGUUCACACGAGCAGCUCACCGCGGCGCCCAGAAAGUUAAGCUGAAACGUCUGCUCGGCUUCCAAGAUGCUGCCGCCCAAAUCACAUGCGCUUCUCUGCCUCUGCAGCUGCCUAGCACUGGUUCAUCCUUUUGACUGGCAAGACCUAAAUCCCAUUGCCCAGAUUAAAUUAUCAGCCUGGGUCAAUAAAAUACAAGGUCUGAUGGCUACUGCAAGCUUUGGUCGAACGAAAAUCCCCAGAGGAAAUGGAUCUUAUGCCGUUGGUUGUACAGACUUGAUGUUUGAUUACACGGAUAAGGGCACCUUCUUGCGUUUGUAUUAUCCAUCCCAAGAUGACAAUCGCUCUGACACCCUUUGGAUCCCAAACAAAGAAUAUUUUUGGGGUCUCAGUAAAUUUCUUGGAACACACUGGAUGAUGGGCAAAAUUUUGAGCUUUUUCUUUGGUUCAAUGACAACUCCUGCAGCCUGGAAUUCCCCUCUGAGGACUGGUGAAAAAUACCCACUAAUCAUUUUUUCACAUGGUCUUGGAGCCUUCAGGACAAUUUAUUCUGCUGUUGGCAUUGACCUGGCAUCUUACGGGUUUAUAGUCGCUGCUGUAGAACACAGAGACGAAUCUGCAUCUGCGACUUACUACUUCAGGGACCAAACUGCUGCAGAAACAGGGAACAAGACUUGGCUCUAUAUCAGAACCCUAAAACAAGGGGACGAGGAGUUUCCUCUACGAAAUGAGCAGGUGCGGCAAAGAGCAAAGGAGUGUUCUCAAGCUCUCGAUUGGAUUCUGGACCUUGAUCAGGGAAAGCCAGCGAAGAAUGUGUUAGAUUUAGAGUUUGGUGUGGAACAGCUAAAGGACACUAUCGAUAAGGAUAAAAUAGCAGUUAUGGGACAUUCUUUUGGUGGAGCCACGGUUGUUCAGACUCUGAGUGAAGACCAGAGAUUCAGGUGCGGUAUUGCCCUGGAUGCCUGGAUGCUUCCAGUGGGUGAUGAAGUUUGUUCCAGGAUUCCUCAGCCUCUCUUUUUUAUCAACUCAGAACGGUUCCAAUACCCUUCUAAUAUCAAAAAAAUGAAAAAAUGCUACUUGCCUGAUAGAGAAAGAAAAAUGAUUACAAUCAGGGGUUCAGUCCAUCAGAAUUUUGCUGACUUCACUUUUGCCACGGGCAAAAUCAUUGGAUGCAUGUUCACACUGAAAGGAGACGUAGAUUCAAACGUAGCUAUUGGUCUUAGCAACAAAGCUUCGUUAGCAUUCUUGCAAAAGCACUUAGGACUUCAGAAAGAUUUUAAUCAGUGGGAUUCUUUCAUUGAAGGGGAAGAUGCUAAUCUUAUUCCUGGGACCAACAUUGACACAACCAACCAACACGCCACUCUGCAGAACUCUACAGGAACAGAGAAAUAGGAUUUAGAUUAAAAGAGCUUUUAAAAAGUCUGAUUUAAAAACUGAGAGAGCGUGUGUGUGUGUGAUUAUAAUGUAUUUUCUCAAAUAACUCAUAUUUUAAAAUGUAGGCUAUACCACAAUAGUGAUUAAAGCUUGGAUUGAGAUUUUUUUCCCUUUAAAUGUAAAGAAAGGCUACAUAUAAAAAUCAUACCAGCCUAAAUUCUAAUUUUACUAAAAUGAUCCUUUAUCAGUGUCAAAAUCAAAAACUGAUUUUACGCGACUUUGAUGAGCAAGUAUGUUACUAAAACAGGCACAAUGCCACUGAAGAUGUGUUACAGUGACCUAACACUCCCUAAAAAAAAUCGUAAGAAUAGAUUUUCUUGCCUCUUUUUUCUACUGUGAGUAGGAGAAUUGAGUUUUAGCAACAUGGUGUGCUAGGUGGGUUUACCAGCACUUCCCUUUGACCUUUGGUCGUGGUGAGAAAAAUUAGACCAAGCGGGUAAUAAAGCCAUUGCUCUCCUGUGGGACUGGGGGUCCUGUACCAUGUCUGCGUGGGGAGUGACAGGUGAGAAUAUUGGUGAUAAGGCAAAGGCAGCAGGUGAAAGCAAGUUGGCAUUUUUUUUUUUUUUGCAUUUUCUUUAGUGGUUUUUCUCUGAUGCACUCUGUUUACUAAAGAGAGGUGUGUACACAGGACCAGGAUUCCAGCCACCACAUGUUACUGACUCACUCAGAGCUGCGGAGGAUAAGCAGCUUUCAGACAUAAUUUUAACUGCUUCAUUUCCCAUUCAUUUUAUUUAAUGGAUGAUUUUAAUUUUACGUGUAGUCGUGCAGGUAGGGGAACACAGUAAGCAGACGUAAAAAGGUAGCUUAAUGAUUUCUGUACUUAGGCAUCUGAGAGUCGUGGAAAAUGUGUUGUUUCCCCAGGGGUAUAAAAAUGUAUGCCACUCAUCAGUUAAGUUUUCUGGUCUAAGUGUGGUCUUGUUCCUAUGAAUUCUCCACAGUUAAAGUUUAAUGGCAGCCUGUGUGAACGAGGAUAAUUAGUACUUGGGAAGCAAGCCUGGUUGACUCUUAACUAUUUCAUCCCUACCCCUUUUGCCCUGUUUACAAGUAAUUGUGUUUCCUGGUGUGGCACUCAGACCUAUCUUAAAGUUUUAAUAUGCAAAAUCACUCAUUUUGAGAAAUGUGAUUUCUCCUAGCCUAUAGCUAUUCAGAUUAAAAAAAUUUUUAAUAGGGAGUUCAACCCCCUAGCAUGAAAUGGAAGGCUUUCCAUAAACCGGUCCUAAUGCAUCUUCUCUGACCUUUUCUCCCAGUAAUGAACUCACAUCGAUAGCUCCGACAUGAAUGAGCCAAACUUGUCUGGGCAUUAUCCCAGGGACAAGUAACAUACUCAUCUAACCUCAAUGAUGCUUAAUGUAAAACCUUCUCCUUUUUACUAACUGGAAUGAUACCCAAUUAAGGGUCUUAAUUCUCACUCUUCCCGUCAGGGUUCAGGGGCUCACAUGUACAUCUUUUCCCCGCUCUCCCAUAGCAAAUCUUCUUACUCAUUUGAGAAAUGGAUAACCGUUCCAAUUGUACUGGUGUCCCAUUCAAUAGCACCUCUUUAAAAUCCUUGGUUGGUGGCACAGGCUGAUGCUAAAAGGAGAAAAUACCUGCUGACAGGAUCCAAUGACUUAAGGUUUAAAAAAAUAUGUAACCUAGAAUCAUGCAUACUGAGUAUCUUUCAGGGAAAAGAAUAAACUAUGUAUCGAAUGCCUACUCUUUUUCAGGCACUUUACAUAAAUGAUUUCUAAUCUUAAAAACACUGCAAGAAAAGUUUUAUUAGCCCCAUUUUACAGAUGAGGAAGGUCAAGGCUCAAUGAUGUUAUAAUAACCUGCCUGGGUCACAUGUCAAGUAAGAUCAGUUUCCUAAAGCCAAGUCUACACUUUGCAUACUGUCACCUACACAAAACUGUGUUUUAAAAGCAUGGAUUUGGAAAGUUAGAUGGGUCUAGGUUUGAUUAAGUCUCUGAGAUUAGCUGGCUCUUUGACCUGAGGCAGGUUAUUUAAUCUUCUCUAAGACGCUUCAAUUUUCUUACCUAUCAAAUAUGGAUAAUAUUAAUAUGCACCUCAGAAUCAAGGAUUAAAUGAGAAAAUGCAUUUAAAGUACCGGCUGAGUGUCUAACGCAUCAACGCUGCAAUUUACUGCUACGAUGUCUCCCCCAGUUGGAGAACUGUGGUUCGUUCCAUUACUACAGACAGUCUACAAUCCACAGGUAUUCCAGAAUCCUGUUUCCUCUUCAAUGAAAUGAGUCCACUAUCUCUUUAAAGAUAAACUUUAUUCAAAUCUUGUGUCAUAUUAGUACACUUCAAAAUUCAAACAAUAUUAGUCAAAGCUAGACAGAAGGGCAAAGCUUCAGAAACGAAACAAAAAUUCUGAAUUACUGCUAAGAAAGCCAUCCUCCCAAGCAGCAUCACGUACUUGUCAGAAAACCUCUAAUUUUCUAUUUUGAACACCAGACACUAUAUGCAAAAGAAACCAAAACAGUUUUUUUUUUUUUGAAAUGUGAGUCAUGUGUUAGUCAACUGUUUAGCAAAAUAAAUCCUCCCAACUGAUUAAAACGAGAACACGUUUACAGGGAGAGGAAAGCAUCCCAGCUCCGUAUAUACAGCAACAGCACUGUGGAUGCACCGCGCAGGCGGCCCAAGACCUGCUUGGUUUUCAAUGCGCAUCAAAGUUUUCAAAAGUGACAGCUUCCUGUGACUACACGCUCUGAAUCAUCUCGCUCAGUUGGUCUGGGAGAGAUGCCGCUUGCUGUACAAGCAGCUCCUGACUGGCCACAUCCGUGGAUCCACAGUUAAGUCUCUCCGUCACCUCCAGACCCCCUUUCUGCAACAAGAAGAGAAAAACCUCAAGUUGAGAAAGAAACACAAAAAGAAGAAAAUAAUUUACAUGGGUGCUACCAUGACAAAAUUCACAUCCUCCAAAAAGGGGGAGUGGGGACAGAUGAAUAUUCUAAUUGCUACAGGGGGUUAUUCCUACAGAAACGAUUUAAAAAAAUGUUUUGGUCCUCACGCUGUACCUAUUAUCAAAUAAAGUUUCUGUAAAAGAUUAUACUGGGCAUAAAAA